AUGGCGCAUUUCAUAGCCUGCAAAAAGACUGCUGAUGCAUCAAAUAUAGCCAAACUGUUUUUCAGGGAGGUUGUUCGCUUGCAUGAGGUUCCUACAUCCAUUACAUCUGAUCGUGACACCAAGUUCUUGAGCCAUUUUUGGAUCACCUUGUGGAGACUGUUUGGGACUACUUUGAAUCGUAGCAGCACUGCCCAUCCCCGGACUGAUGGCCAGACUGAGGUUACAAACCGGACAUUGGGCAAUAUGGUACGAAGUGUCUGUGGAGAGAAGCCAAAACAAUGGGAUUAUGCACUACCACAGGUGGAGUUUGCAUAUAACAGUGCAGUCCAUAGUGCAACUGGAAAGUCUCCAUUUUCCAUUGUUUAUACUGCUAUACCUAACCAUGUUGUAGAUUUGGUGAAACUGCCUAGAGGCCGGCAAACCAGUGUGGCAGCGAAAAAUUUGGCUAAGGAAGUAGUAGCUGUUCGUGAUGAAGUCAAGCAGAAACUUGAGCAAACUAAUGCUAAGUACAAAGCUGCUGCAGAUCGGCAUAGGCUUGUUAAAGUGUUUCAAGAAGGCGAUCCUGUGAUGAUAUUUCUGAGGAAGGAGAGGUUUCCAAUUGGCACAUAUAGCAAGCUUAAACCAAAAAAAUAUGGUCCUUACAAAAUUUAUGAGUUCCGUGAAGAUGAGGUCCUUUAUCCAGAUCAUAACCCGGGGUCGAGUUCUUCGGAGGUGGAAGGGACUGAUGUAGAACAAAUGGCAGAUCUUAUCGCGGUUGAGCUAGAAAAAGGACGUAGCGGGAAUUUGCAGAUUUGUCGUCCGAGCUCUGAUUAG